CUACUAUACAUAUCAAAGCGUAUGUGUGGCACACGUUGCGCCGCAGCUGUUUGCAAGAUUGCGCUUCCCAUUUUGUUUCUUUCAGUGCUUAUGCACGCCGCAGCCGCGUUCGAGCACUAUUCAGAGGCUACGCCGCCCAACCCCAGUGCUGAACCCCGAGUGGGCACUGUUGGGGACGUACUGGCGCUGCCAGAGCCCCAGGCAGCCCCUGCAGCAGGCAGCAGUAACAGCGGAGCGCAGACCCUGACCGUCGGCGGUGGCAAGGUCAGCCUCGACGAGCUCGGGCCAGCCAUAGUUGCCGAGGACGGGACGCUGCGGCGUAUCGCCAACUGGGCGCAGCUGACGGAGCGGGAGCGGCAGGUGGCGCUGCGGCGCAUCGGCGCGCGCAACCAGGAACGCAUAGCGGCCCUCAAGCAGCAGCAGGAGCAGCAGGAGCAACACGGCGCAAGUGGGCAGCCCAGUGAGGAGCAGGCGCAUAAGGCGCAACAGGACCAGAAGGCAGCCCACCAGCCCGAGCAGGAGUUGUAAGGGAUUGACAAGCGCGGUUCCCACAGGUCACGUCACAGCGGCAACUGUCUGUGCAGCAGGGCGGCGCGGGCCGCAUGUCCCGGUACAGCACAGCUGGGGGUAGCGCAGCGGCGGAGCCUGAGGUGGACGCGGCGGAGCAGGCCGGCGGGCAGCGGGUGCUGCGGCUGGGCGCGUCGGACUUUGUCUUCAUAGCGCUGCUGGUGGCGGUGCUGGUGUGCGUUCUGCCGUAUAAAGUGC